AUGGCGGAAAGUUAUGGUAAUCAAAGAAACCGAAAGUAUGUCAUCACUAAUCGACAUCACUUUGAAGUUGAAGUUUUUAAGACGAUUUUGGAUAUGCAAAUUCAAAAACAUGGAAACCGAUUUAGUGAGGUCUCAACUAGUUUGAUAGAAAAUAUGUCAGGUUUAAAUCCUUGUGAUUCGUUUGCUAAGUUUGACAUAUCUAAGAUAGUGGCGUUUUCUGAGAUGUAUCCAAAUGACUUUAAUAAAGAAGAAAGAGGGUGUCUUGCGGGUGAUCUGAAGACCUUUUAUCACACUUUAAAGGAGGAUGACAAAUUUGCAAAAUUUACUGGAUUGAGUCACCUUGCUCGUGUAAUGGCGGAAACCGGAAAAAAUGAAACUUUUCCUUUGGUUUAUCGAACAUUGAAGCUAGCGUUGGUUUUACCGGUUGCAACUGCAACCGCAACCGUUGAAAGAUGUUUUUCUAAAUUGAAGCUUAUUAAGAUAGAUUUACGCAAUCGAAUGGGUGAGGAGUAUUUGAACAAUGCUCUAAUUUGUGUGGUCGAGAAAGAAACUUUUUAUAAAGUAAAAGAAGAGGAUGUCAUGAGUCGAUUUCAAGCUUUCAAAAACCGAAGAGGAGAUAUUUUUUAG